CUGUUCUUGCUUGUGGUUACGUUAAUUUAUUUUCCAUUUCCAUCACGAGUCUGUUUGAUUUAUCCUUUCUUUUUACUGUCUGAGAUGAAAUUAGUUGAAGGUUGAUCAGUGCUGUGCCUAUGGCUUUUUUGGGGGAAGGGUAUUGUAUUUCUCGUCGCUUUAUUCGUUUGUUUUUUUAAUCAUGUUUGGAUUCCUUUUGGACAAUUGGACUUCGGCCGACGUUGUUGGAUAUUGAAAUUGAAAUAGCAGCGAUUAAAGAUGACGUAGUUGAGAAGAAAUUCAGUCAUUUUUCAUGGUUUCAUUGGGACAAGUGAUUUGCAACAUUGAAGAGACAUUUUACUCGAUGGUUAAGCUGCGGAAUAUCAUAUGUAGAGAGGAGGCCAACAGUGGGAUGCUUGUCCAAGAUCCAACAAAGGGUAAUGAUGUCGAUUCACUUUUCAAUCAAGCUAGGCAAAUGGGAGCUGUGGAAGGCCCUAUUGAUCAUGCCCGUUCAUCUUCAAGCUCAAGCAGCUUUACCGGAACUGGUAGGUUACUUACAGGAGAAACUGUACGUUCUGCACCUGAUCAGCCUGAGAACAUUGUUCACAAUAUUGUAUUCUGGAGUAAUGGCUUUACCGUAAACGAUGGCCCUUUGAGGAGGUUGGAUGAUCCUGAAAAUGCAACCUUUCUGGAGAGCAUCAGAAAAUCUGAGUGCCCCAGAGAACUCGAACCUGCUGAUAGGAGGUCCUCCGUUCAUGUGAAUUUGAUUAGGAGGAUGGAGGAGUAUCGUGAACCAGAGAAGCCACGUCUUCCAUUUCAAGGUGUGGGAAGAACUCUUGGAGAUAGCGGGCCAGCUCAAGCAGCAACCCAACCAACUGCUACUCCCACUGAUGUCAAUGGCAAUCCAAGCCCUUCUGCAGGCCUGAUCGUGGACGAAUCGUUGCCAUCAACCUCGAUUCAGCUUAGGUUGGCUGAUGGAACACGCAUGAUAGCUCAUUUCAAUUACCAUCACACAGUAGGCGAUGUUCGUGCUUUCAUCGACGCGUCUAGGCCAGGGGGUGCCAGGAAUUAUCAGCUGCAGUUGAUGGGGUUCCCUCCAAAGCUUCUUAGCGACGUGGGUCAGACAAUACAGCAGGCUGGUCUUGCCAAUUCUGUUGUCAUCCAGAAGUUUUAGCAACAAGCUUUUACGCAUUGAAGUUGUUCAAAGAUUGGGAAAAUUUGUGAUGUAUAUUCGAUUCGAAGUAGUCAAGAUCGUUUGAAUAUCGUCAGUGUUGCAGUCCUUAGAGAGAGGAUACUUGAGUUCAUGUUCUGCCUCAGAGACUUGGAAGUCAUUUUCUGCUAUUAGUUACUGCAAAAAUUCGUCUUUUAGAACUAUAUAUUUUUCAGCUUGCAUUUCUGUCUAGGAGUGUUGUCGGGGUGUGGAUGCGAACGUUCCUGCAAAUUUUGCGGGGAUCGGGUUGGAGAUUCUCCACAGCGAUCAAGCUCCUACGUGAAAUUAUUCCCCAUUAUUUUUCUUUUAA